AUGAGUUCAUGGCCUCAACCAUUUUUUUGUGGGGUUGGGGUUAGGGUUAGGGUUAGGGUUAGGGUUAGGGUUAGGGUUAGGGUUAGGGUUAGGGUUAGGGUUAGGGUUAGGGUUAGGGUUAGGGUUAGGGUUAGGGUUAGGGUUAGGGUUAGGGUUAG